UCAACAUCAUAUAUGUCUUGUACCGCAUAAUUUUUAAUCUGAAGCUACAUAUUAAGCAUUUUCAGGGCAGAGUAUUGUUCCUGUGAGUGUUUAGUGUGAGAUGAUAGUAAAUAUUCCCUUUCUUUCUCCAGCAACUUUACCUGAUAGUAAGCUAACUUUAGGCAAACCAGCAGCACAACAAAUAUUUUCAAAUAAGACUCACAAACCUGAGUCAACACCAGUCUCAAAGCUGGGGUUCUGUCACUGUACUUUUGGUCUAAAAACAUCCUUGUCCAUCUACGCUCAUGCGUUUCAGGCAGAGACUGUAGAAGAAGCCGGCUGCUGAAGGGCUUCUUCUUCAGUGGUGAAGACUCCGACAGGCUGUAUACAAACUACUGCCAGCUGCUCCCUCUCUGUUGGACUUUGGUACUGCACGUUACUUCCAUGUUUUAGAUCUGGGGCUUUUCAUAAAACAUUUGGGGCUUGAGCCCCAGUAGCCGGGCCUAACGCCACCCCUGAGGGUGUGUAUGACAUCAUGCUUCUUGUUAUCUCACCGGUAUCUUUUAAAACUUUUAUUAGUCUGCAGUCAUCGCUACAGCAUUUUCAACUAGGACCCUCCUGUUUCUAACGAUGAUAGAACACUAAAAGCUAAAGAGGAGUCUAUGAGUUAGAAGUGAAUCACGCAGACAAACUACACAGGUCAGAUCGCAAAAAGCCACUGACAGGAUGAGAUAAUCCACGGCUCCAAUGUUGAAGUAAUUUGAUAGCAGACUGCUGACAGCGAGACAGAAUCAAGACUUGACAGCUUCACUCUGCAACCAUCCUGUUUCUGCAGAACAUCACUAGCAUGUUUUAUGUUUUCACCACUUACAACGUAAGCCUUUAGACAUGAGAAGCCUCUUUAGUAAAGCCAAGAACAGGAGCACCGUUUGAAUCUUCAGAGGGAGCUGGUUUCUUAUUCUUUACAAGCAGACAUAAUGCAUUUUUUAAUGCUGUGGAUGGGAACACUCCUACAAGUUUGUCACGCUGCUGUUUACACAAACAACUGGGCGGUUAAAGUCAGAGGAGACAAGGAGAGUGUGGACAGGAUAGCAGAGAAAUAUGGAUUUAUCAACAUGGGUCAGAUCACAGGCCUGAAGAGUUACUACAGCUUCCACCACCAUGACACGGCAAAUCGUUCCACUGCCAGCAACAAAGAAGUGACUAAUCACAUCGCUAAGGAGGCCAAGGUGGAAUGGCUCCAGCAGCAGGUGGUCCAGAAGAGAACAAAGAGGAUGUUUAGGAGGAGUCAGAUCCAUGCUGCUGAUAUCACCACCAGAGACGAUCAAGGCUGUCGCUCUCACAUGAACAUUGUGGGAGCCUGGAAUAAAGGCUACAGUGGGAAGGGCGUGGUGGUGUCUGUCCUAGAUGAUGGCAUUGAACAAGAUCACCCUGAUCUGAGGCCAAAUUAUGAUCCACUUGCCAGCUAUGAUGUAAACGGACAAGACCAAGAUCCCUCUCCAAGUUAUUCCAACAGCGCUGCUAACUUCCAUGGGACUCAGUGUGCAGGGACGGUGGCUGCAGCUGCAAAUAAGUCACAGUGCACUGUUGGAGUCUCUUUCCAAGCUCGGAUAGGAGGCAUCCGUAUGUUGGACGGGGACGUGACCGAUAUGGUAGAAGCCCAAUCGCUGAGUUUCAGGCCACAGUAUAUUGAUAUUUAUUUAGCUGGCUGGGGACCAGAAGAUAAUGGGGCCUCUUUGGAGGGACCGGGGCCUCUGACUCGACUUGCUCUACAGAUCGGCACUAAAACAGGACGGCAUGGGAGGGGGUCAAUUUUUGUAUGGCCAUCGGGGAACGGAGGUGGAGCAGGUGACCAUUGUUCCUGUGAUGGUUACAGCAGCAGCAUUUACACCAUUUCUAUCAGCAGCGUCUCUCGUAGAGGCAUCCCUCCAAAAUACCUGGAACAAUGUUCCUCUACACUGGCUGCAGCUCACAUCGGUGAGGAGGAACUGGUAACUCUUGGACCACAGCGGAGAUGUAGUAGGACUCGGUCAGGGACUUCCCUCUCCUCCUCUGUGGCUGCUGGGAUUAUCGCUCUCACUUUGGAGGCCAAUCCCUCACUGACCUGGAGGGAUGUGCAGCACAUUAUAGUGCAAACAUCAAACGCUCGUCAUCUUAUUGCUUCAGACUGGCACGUUAAUGGAGCUGGAUACAGAGUGAGCCACCUUUAUGGCUUCGGCCUGCUGGAUGCUGAGAGCAUGGUGAAGCAGGCAGAAGGCUGGAAACAAGUCCCUUCACAGCAUGAGUGUGUGGAGGAGGCUGCUCCCCAGCUGAGCAGAAUAAUUCACCCAGGCUCGGUGCUGACGUCUGUGUACCAGACAACAGGCUGCUCCAGCGAGGCCCUGCAGCGCGUUGUUUACGUGGAGCAUGUGGUAAUCCGUGUAACCAUCGCUCAUGGUCGUCGUGGCGACCUUUCCAUUACGCUCACAUCACCUUCAGGCACUGUGUCACAGCUUCUGCUGAACAGGCCUCUUGACAACUCCACGGAGGGAUUUCAGAACUGGGAUUUCAUGACUGCUCACUGCUGGGGGGAGCAGGCAGUGGGGGAGUGGACUUUGAAAAUCAAGGAUACUCCUUCUCGGAGGCAGGAAGCGAGCUCAGAAUUAGCGAUGCUAAAGAAGUGGUCUCUGGUGAUUUAUGGCACUGCAGAGCAGCCGGAUCAUAUGCAUCGUAGGCGAGCCCGAUCAGCGGAUUUUUCAGAGGAUAAUGAUCUCACAGAAGGAUACAACGGACCCUGUGACCCAGAAUGCAGUGACGACGGUUGCGAUGGGCCCGGCCCGCAGCAGUGUGUCACAUGUCUGCACUUCUUUCUAAAGUUCAAAAACAGCUCAAGGUUGUGCGUGUCAGAGUGUCCCUGGGGGUCCUGGAGCGACCGUCGGCGCUGCAAGAGGUGCUUCUCCUCGUGUGCGAGCUGCAGCGGGAGUCGCAGUGACCAGUGCACUUCCUGUCAGCCCGGUCACCACCUGACAGAAGGGACCAAUACCUGCACAGCCUCCUGCGGGGAGAACUACUUCCUAGAUCAUGAUACAAAUGUGUGCAGAAAGUGCAGCGAAAACUGCUUGAAGUGCACCUCUUUCAGCAUCUGCACAGAAUGCAAACCAGACUCAAGUCUGCAGGGGAACCGGUGCCAACGGAGCUGUGUGGAAGGUCUCUACCAUGAGUCACAGGGAGACAAAUGCAAACCCUGCCAUAAGGCCUGUGCUACCUGUGCAGGUGCUGGUGCUGAUGCAUGCAGCCGUUGUGCAGAAGGCUUCUUGAUGGAGGAGUGGAGGUGCGUGUCCUCCUGCAGCGCUGGGUUUUACGCCACAGAACCAAGCCCAGAGAAAGCUGAUGAGCACAGGAUGUGUAGGAGGUGUGAUGCCAGCUGUCUCACCUGUGUGGGUCCAAGUUGGGGGAACUGCACCAGCUGCUCCAGCGGUCAUAGUCUCCAGAAGGGAGUGUGUGUCGUUACCACCGAGUGCACAGACGGAGAGUACCAGGACACUGAUGGGGCGUGUCUCACCUGUGAUGCAACAUGUCUCAAGUGCAAAGGGCCAAGAUCUGAAGACUGCAUCAGCUGUGCUUCUUCACGGGCUCUGGAUGGGGGCCACUGCAUGGAGGCUUGUGCCAGGGGCAAAUUCCUCUCAGGUGGCCAGUGUCACCUGUGUGACCACACCUGUGCCACAUGUGUAGAUGCAGGGUCUGCUAACUGCACCAGCUGUGACACAGAUAAGUUUGGGAUGGAGCGUUACCUGCACAGAGGCCUAUGUGUGGACGCCUGUCCCGAGGCCUUCUACCACACCUCAGAGAUGACGUGUCAGCCCUGCUCAGAGAACUGUCACCUCUGCACCGGCCCUGACCACUGUCUAAAGUGCACCUCCUCCUACUACGUCUCUGAUGGAGUGUGUGUGAAGCUGGAGUGUGGAGAAGGGGAGGUGGAGGAUCCAGAUUAUGAUGACUGCAUGGCCUGCGAGGAAGGCUGCAAGAAGUGUGUUUUGUAUAACCCCAGGCACUGCCUGUCCUGCAUUGAGGGCUUUUACAACUUUCAGGACGGCUGCUACAAGUACUGCCCGGCCAAGACAUACAGCGUGGAGGAGGACAUGACCUGCGUCCCGUGUGAGGACAGCUGUGUGAGCUGUGAUGAACAUGAGUGCUACUGGUGUGAGACCGACUUCUUUUUACUGGAGGGGGAGUGCGUCUCGGCCUGUCCAGACGGUUUCUACGGCAACGACGACACCAACGAUUGUGAGGAGUGUCACUUGAACUGUGCUACAUGCGGCGGCUUCGAGGAUGACGAUUGUUUGUCGUGCAAUGAGGGGAAGAUGCUGGAGAACGGGGAGUGUGUGGCCGUCAGAGAGGUCUGUCCUGUUCAGACCUUCCUCAGCGAUGGUGACGAGUGUGUGGACUGUCACCCUACUUGUGAAUCCUGCUCCGGAGAAGAGGAAAACCAGUGCACCAAAUGUGGAAAAGGGCGAUUUCUGACUUUGCAGCAAACGUGUGUGUCUAAGUGUCCAGCGGGCUCCUUCGCCAGUCAGCGGAGCGGCGUGUGUGAGGCUUGCCCGCGGGGCUGCUUGCAGUGUUUUGAUGCUCAGCACUGCAGUCGAUGCGAGACCUCUCGCAAAGUGCAAAUGUUCCUGCAGAAUGGACAGUGUGUUAAAGACUGUGUCAGGGGUUACCCUGCGGGUCAGAUGUGUCGCAGCUGUGCAGCCGGAUGUUCCUCUUGUGAGAAGAACGCUACUCACUGCCUGACGUGUGACAAGCCUCUCCUCCUGCACAAGCACCAGUGCGUGGACGAGUGUCCUUCAGCACACACUGUCCAGGACAGGAAGUGCCAACAGUGUCCCACAGCCUGUCGGGAGUGUACCCCACUCGGGAAGUGCUCAGGCUGUGAGGAGAACCACUUCCUCCAAGAGGACUUGUGUGUUCCCAGCUGUGCCGAGAGGUUCUUUGAGGACGCCGAGCGAGGAGAGUGUUUGCGUUGCCAUGCUGACUGUGCUUUAUGCAACGGCCCGAGCAGCAGCGACUGUGAUGCCUGCAUCGACCCUGAGGCCACGCUGCACAGAGGAGCCUGCUCUGCUCCCUGCCCCUCCCACCAGUACAGGGACUCGACAACGGGAGAGUGUAAAGAAUGUGAUGAGUCAUGUCUCACAUGCACUGGGCCCACCAUGGGCUCAUGCACCAGCUGCAGAGAGGGCGAGAGGCUGGAUGACUACAGUCACUGUGUACCAUCAGCCUACAUGUGUUCACCUCACCAGUAUGCAGACCAGGAUGGGGAAUGCCACUCUUGUCACAAAUACUGCCACAGGUGUUCAGGUCCCGGGAAAGCCCACUGCCUCACCUGCAAUCAGGGACAUCUUCUGAUGAACGGAAGCUGCAUAGAUGGCUGCCCAACAGGUUAUUAUGCGGAGGAGUCUAAACAGAGAUGUGAGCCAUGCCAUGCUUCCUGCCACUCCUGUGUUGGGAAGCAGAGCCAACAGUGUCUCACCUGCAAAGCCCACCUUUUCCAAGAGGCCAAGGAGUGUGUGGAGACCUGCCGACACAGUCACUAUGGAAACGCCGUCUCCAGGACGUGUGAAAAGUGUGACCCAAGUUGUGCGGAAUGCUCUGACGGAGGGGAGGAUGGCUGCCUGAGCUGUGUUCCAGGUCUCGUCUACUUGAGGACAGAAGGCCGCUGCCUCCCAUCAUGCCCUGAGGGGUACUACCAUGACUCCGCCCAACACACCUGUGAGUCCUGCCAUGUCAGCUGCAAGACAUGCUCAGGAAGGUUGUCUCAAUCCUGUGACUCGUGUUACCCUGGAUACGAGCUGUCGGAAGGGAGGUGUGAGUCGGGGUGUGAUCCAGGCCAACAUCCUGUUAUAAAGGGUUCAGGCAUUGCUUGUCAAGAGUGUGAUAGCUCUUGUCUGGAGUGUCGGGGGCUCGGUCCCUCCAACUGCACAGUGUGUCCUGCUCAGGCCAUCCUGGAAGCUGGGGGGCGUUGUCUGCUGUGCUGUCAUCCUGAAGAGGAUGAGGACUUUGCAACACCGCAGCAGGACUGUUGUAACUGCACUGAGACUCGAGGACAGUGCAUCCUCAGCACUAACUUACCAUUCAGGAAGGAGGAGGAAGAGGAGGCAAGAGGUAACCUGACAAUCUUCAUCAUCGCCUCUGUCCUGUUGGUGUUGGGCCUUGUGGUGGUUUUCUUCCUCAUCAAACACUCCCGCUCAAAGGGAGCCCAAUCAGACCUCCCCCCUCGGGGCUACACGAAGCUCGGUUCUGCCGGGGGAUUUGGAAGCAGCAGCAAAUAUGGCGGCUACACAUCUUCGUCUUCUGCUUCCCACAGCGGCUACACCAGCUCCGCUGGAGGCCGAUUCCAGGAGGCCGAGCUGGUCGACAUCUCUGGGCAUCGCUCAGUGACAAAAGAAGAUGAGGACGACGAUGAUGAUGAUGAUGAGGACAUUGUGUACAUGGGCCAGGAUGGCACGGUGUACAGGAAGUUCCGCUAUGGACAGCUGGGGGAGGAUGAGGAUGAGCUAGAGUAUGAUGAUGAGAGCUACAGGUUCAGAUGAGCCUUCCAUUUUAGUUGUUAUUUUUUCCCUUUUUCAUUCUGUCACCUGUGCCGUUCAUCUCCCUCUGCCCUAAGGGGAAAAUUUAUCCUUCACUGAUUUAGUUCAAACAGAGAAGCUAUUUAAACUAAGCUGCAUUUAAAACCCGUUACCCAUUCGGCUAAAAACGAGAUCUAAAAUCCACAUUUAUCUCUUAACGCUCACGGACGCACCCACCUUGACUCGUGACAGGAAAGGCUGUUGCUGAUUUAGCAUCCAGGAAACAACAGAGAACGUCUCAGCUAACUGUUAGCAUUAGCAGCUCCACCAGAAGGCAGAACACCUUCAGCUUUUUGUCAUUUGUGGAGAUAAAACAGCGAUGUUAGAGCAAACAAUUGCAUUGAUGUCAUCCAAUCAGAUGUGAGAUGUACAAAUAUCAGGAAUAUUCGUAAGACUCCAAAUCCUGCCAUUUCCUGCCCACGACUAACUUCUGCUGCCGGAAACAAGAGCACCAGAGCUUUUGUAUUACAGAGAACAACUCACAAAGUAUUAAUUCAAACUCAAUACCACUGCAAAUUUGUAAAAAAAUAAAAUGAAAAGAAUGAGCUCAGCCUUUCAAAAGGACACAAAGCCCUUAUUUCUGAUUUAACUUCAGAUUUUUGUUACGAAACUGUGAGAUGAUCCUCAGACAACCUGCUCUCCCAUAGCUGACCAAAAUGAGAAGCCAUCUUUUUGGUGACAGACAGUAAUGUUUUUGCCUGUGUCUAUGUGUGUUUGAUAGCUAAAUAUCUCCUGAACAAUUUCAUGGAUUUUGAUUAAACCUUUAAGUAGUUACCGCUGGUUGCACAUCUACAAACGAGUCACUUCUGGAGUCAAUAUCCUGUAUUUGUGCAUAAUUUCAUCCUCUGGAUUGGACAAAAAUGGCAAUAACUCAAUGUCUCAACAACACAUGAAGUUGAUUCAAAAAGCCGGCAUGAAAAGUGCUGAAUGAAUUCCUUCAAGUAAUUUAAUAUUUUUAGUUCUUUAAAAUAUACAUACUGGAAAGCCCCUUAGCAUGUGUAUCUAAAAGAAAAGUCAGAACCAGAGAAUAACUUUUUAACAUAUCUGUAAAAUAUUAAUAUAGGACAGAAAAUUUGUCCCCCAUCAGCUUUUAACCCUCUCAGGAUCUAAGUUUUGAUAAAAGGACAAACAACUAAACCCUUCAGGGGUACUUCUGGGUAAAAAAUGCUCAUGAAACACAUAUGUGGAGUAACCAGGUAGGCAGGUUUAAAUGUUGCAAACCUGCAACGCCUGCCUCCAGAGGAUUAAACAACUUUACUGCAUUUAGGCUUUAGAUGAAGUAACCCAGGCAUAUACCAUUCAUCAUUAGCUUUUCCUUCUCUUUCUUCCACACCAUCCUUUUUUCUGUUCCUAUGCUACAAUUUGAAAGAUUGACAAUUCUUUUGAUUUUGUUCAGUUAUUAUUGAUUGUUUUGCUCGUGUACUGCACAUUCUCAUCCAUUUGUUAUUGCUUUUCUUGUGAAUUUGUGUUACUCUGCAAAAAUGAUAAUAAUAAAGAAAACCAUCUGAAUGGAUUAAGCCAUGGAUUUAUCAGACUGGAUCGGACUGAUACAAACACAGUGGUUAAUUUAUA